CAGGAGAAGGCGGCGGCGGCGGCGGCGGCGGCUGGGGAUCAGACAUGGCGGCGGAUCUGAACCUGGAGUGGAUCUGCUCCCUGCCCCGGUCCUGGACUUACGGGAUCACCAGGGGCGGCCGAGUCUUCUUCAUCAACGAGGAGGCCAAGAGCACCACCUGGCUGCACCCGGUCACCGGCGAGGCCGUGGUCACCGGACACCGGCGGCAGAGCACAGAUUUGCCUACUGGCUGGGAAGAAGCAUAUACUUUUGAAGGUGCAAGAUACUAUAUAAACCAUAAUGAAAGGAAAGUGACCUGCAAACAUCCAGUCACAGGACAGCCAUCGCAGGACAACUGCAUUUUUGUAGUGAAUGAACAGACCGUUGCAGCCAUGACAACUGAAGAAAAGAAGGAACGACCUAUAAGUAUGAUAAAUGAAGCUUCUAACUAUAACAUGACUUCAGAUUAUACAGUGCAUCCAAUGAGCCCUGUAGGCAGAACUUCACGGGCUUCAAAAAAAGUUCAUAAUUUUGGAAAGAGGUCAAAUUCAAUUAAAAGGAAUCCUAAUGCACCUGUGGUCAGACGAGGUUGGCUUUAUAAACAGGACAGUACUGGCAUGAAACUGUGGAAGAAACGCUGGUUUGUGCUUUCCGACCUUUGCCUCUUUUAUUAUAGAGAUGAGAAAGAAGAGGGUAUCCUGGGAAGCAUAUUAUUACCUAGUUUUCAGAUAGCUAUGCUUACCUCUGAGGAUCACAUUAAUCGCAAAUAUGCUUUUAAGGCAGCCCAUCCAAACAUGCGGACCUAUUAUUUCUGCACUGAUACAGGAAAGGAAAUGGAGUUGUGGAUGAAAGCCAUGUUAGAUGCUGCCCUGGUACAGACAGAACCUGUGAAAAGAAUUACCUUUAAUUUCCGAGUGGACAAGAUAACAUCUGAAAAUGCACCAACUAAAGAAACCAAUAACAUUCCCAACCAUAGAGUGCUAAUUAAGCCAGAGGUCCAAAACAACCAGAAAAAUAAGGAAAUAAGCAAAUUUGAAGAAAAAAAGGCAUUAGAAGCUGAAAAAUAUGGAUUUCAGAAGGAUGGUCAAGAUAGACCUUUAACAAAAAUUAAUAGCGUAAAGUUGAAUCCUGUGCCAUCUAACUAUGAGAGUGGGUCAACAUGCGUGGCUCAGACUGUACACUACAGACCGAUCAAUUUGAAUAGUUCAGAGAGCAAAACAGUCAAUGUUAGCCUGGCAGAUCUUAGAGGUGGAAAUCACCCAAAUACAGGGCCCAUACACACAGAGGCUGAUCGAGUCAUACAGAGAACGAAUUCAAUGCAGCAAUUGGAACAGUGGAUUAAAAUGCAGAAGGGGAGGGGUCAUGAAGAAGAAACCAGGGGAGUAAUUUCUUACCAAACAUUACCAAGAAAUAUGCCAAGCCACAGAGCCCAGAUUAUGGCCCGCUACCCUGAAGGUUAUAGAACACUCCCAAGAAACAGCAAGACCAGGCCUGAAAGUAUCUGCAGUGUAACCCCUUCCACUCAUGACAAGACAGUAGGACCUGGGGCAGAAGAAAAACGGAGGUCGAUGAGAGAUGACACAAUGUGGCAGCUCUACGAAUGGCAGCAGCGUCAGUUUUAUAAUAAGCAGAGCACCCUUCCUCGACAUAGUACUUUAAGUAGUCCUAAAACCAUGGUUAAUAUUUCUGAGCAGACAAUGCACUCUAUUCCCACAUCACCUUCCCAUGGGUCAAUAGCUGCUUAUCAGGGAUACUCCCCUCAACGAACGUAUAGAUCAGAAGUGUCUUCACCGAUUCAGAGAGGAGAUGUGACGAUAGACCGCAGACACAGAGCCCAUCACCCUAAGCAUGUAUAUGUGCCUGACAGAAGGUCAAUGCCAGCUGGCCUAACUUUACAGUCUGUUAGUCCCCAGAGCCUCCAAGGUAAAACGCCAGAGGAGCUUACGCUGCUGCUAAUAAAGCUGAGACGGCAGCAAGCUGAACUGAGUAGUAUCCGGGAGCAUACGUUAGCACAGCUCAUGCAGCUAAAACUUGAGGCCCACAGCCCAAAGAAUGAAAUUCUUUCACAUCAUCUUCAAAGGAACACCAUGUAUUUGGAUCAUCAGAUGAAAGAAAAUGAACCUAUUAUCACCAUGGUUCACACAAUGAUUGAGAACUCGGCGCUAAGACCCCAACUGUACCAGCAACUGUCACAAGAUGAAUGUAGAGGCACAUUGUACAAAUACAGACCUGAAGAAAUAGAUAUUGAUGCCAAAUUAAGCCGAUUAUGUGAACAAGAUAAAGUGGUACAUGCUCUGGAAGAGAAACUUCAGCAGCUCCACAAGGAGAAAUACACACUUGAGCAAGCUCUGCUAUCAGCCAGCCAGGAGAUAGAAAUGAAUUCAGAUAACCCAGCAGCCAUUCAGAACGUGGUAUUACAGAGGGACGAUUUACAAAAUGGACUGCUCAGUACCUGUCGAGAACUCUCUCGAGCCACUGCUGAUCUGGAACGAGCAUGGAGAGAAUAUGAUAAGUUAGAAUAUGAUGUAACUAUUACCAGGAACCAGAUGAAAGAUCAGCUAGAUCGACUUGGUGAAAUUCAGACUGAAUCAGCAGGAAUUCAGCGUGCACAGAUUCAGAAGGAACUUUGGAGAAUUCAAGAUGUCAUGGAAGGGCUGGGAAAACACAAACAGCAGAGAGGCACUGCAGAGACAGGUAUGGCAGGAUCAAAGCCUUUCUCAACAGUUAAGUACAAAAAUGAGGGUCCAGAUUAUAGACUCUACAAGAGUGAACCAGAGUUAACAACAGUGGCAGAAGUUGAUGAAUCUAAUGGAGAAGAAAAAUCAGAACCUGUUUCAGAGGUGGAAACUUCUGUUGUUAAAGGCUCCCACUUUCCUGUUGGAGUAGUCCCUCCAAGAACAAAAUCACCAACACCCGAAUCUUCGACAAUAGCUUCAUAUGUAACCUUAAGGAAAACUAAGAAGAUGAUGGAUCUAAGAACGGAAAGACCAAGAAGUGCAGUGGAACAGCUCUGUUUGGCUGAGACUACUCGACCUAGAAUGACUGUGGAAGAGCAAAUGGAAAGAAUAAGGAGACAUCAACAAGCAUGCCUAAGGGAAAAGAAAAAAGGAUUGACUGUCAUUGGUGCUUCUGACCAGUCACCCUCACAGAGUCCUUCGGAUUUAAGAGAUAAUCCAUUCAGGGUUACCCAGAUGCGAAGGAAAGAUGACAACAUUAAGGAAUUGGACACUGUCAUCAAAGAAAAUGAUAUAAAGCCAAACCAUGAAACGCCUGCUGCAGAAAUCGUUCAACUAAAAGAAGCUGAACCCCAAAAUACGGAUUUCAGCAAAGAGCUUAAAAAAGCUGAAAAUGUUUUUUACGAAAUGCUUUUGAAACCUGAGCCAAAUGGAGUAAAUUCCGAGGAAUUGAUGAAUAAAGAAAGAAACAAAGAAGAAGUGCCUGAGGAUGUUACAUACAGCCAUCAAGAUGAGACACAGAUCCCAAAUCAUAAACCUGAAGGCCACCGUGAAGAAAAUACAAAGGACAAUAUUGAUGAACAAGGAGAAACUGUUAUUUCUUAUGAACCAACUCCUGAGGUUUCUAGAGGGGAUCAGACAAUGACAGUGAAAAGUCUGUCCCCGUCUCCUGAGUCCUCGGCGUCUCCAGUUCCAUCCACUCAGCCGCAGCUCACAGAAGGAUCACAUUUCAUGUGUGUGUAGUCCCAGAAGAACUAAACUGACUUGUAUUGAAACCAUUCAAAGCUAAAGACAUGGACCUUCGACAGUGUAAGAAGAUAUUGUACAGUAUAUUUUAAAUCUAUGAAAUUCAUAGUUCUGAUGCUUUUGGCCACAGAGCAUCGUUUUAUCACUUCUGGAAAAUGUUUAUUCCAAAACAGCUUUAAUGGCCCAUAUGUACACUCCGUAAUCUCAAGGUUAUUAUUCUGACACCAGCUUGCUGCUAUGAUUUCAAAGCACAUAAGUAAAGGUGCUUUUUAAUGUGUGGUCUGUAGUCAGAGCUUACUUAGUUACUGAUUUCCAGAUUUUGAUGUUUCUUAAGUCUGGGUGAAUUUAUAUUUCUUUUGGCUUUUCAGUACAUAAAGUUAGUUGUUAUUUCCAAUAAGCUUAUUUUCCUUUUUUUUUAUUUCCCAUUUUGGCUACUGCAGUGCUUUGUUUCACACUUGAUUUGUAAAAAUUUUAUAUAUAUAUAUUUAAAA